AUGGGAAGAGGGGAAAAAGAGAAUGCGGACGUCGCGAAAGCCACCAAGCCCGUGGGCAAGAGCGCCACAUCGUUCAUCGCCGGCUCCACCGCCGGCCUGGUCUCCAGCGGCUUGCUGCAGCCGCUCGAGGUGGUUAAGACGCGGAUGCAGGCGCACAGGCUGAAGGCUGGCUUCUCCAUCAACAAGAGCGCGUGGGCCACCGCGGGAUGCGUGGUGAGGGACGAGGGGAUCCGCGGGCUGUGGGCGGGAGUGUCGGCAUCGUGCAUACGAACCGCGUGCGGGGCUGGGCUGUACUUCUUGCUGCUGGAGAGGGUAACCAGGGAGCUCAACACGAAGUUCCCCGCGUCGAAGGAUGCAUCGCAAACCUUGCAGGGCGCGAGGACCUUCGCCAUCGGAGCCGCGUCCAGGAGCUUGGCCGCGGCCAUGCUCUGCCCCCUGACGGUAGUUAAGACCAGGAUGGAGUACGCGUCGAUCAGCGGCACCUCGUACACGGGGGUGGCCAACGCCCUGUAUACCAUCGGCGCCAAGGAGGGAGUGAAGGGACUGUUCUCGGGGUUGGGGUCGACGCUGCUUAGGGACGCGCCGUUCUCGGGCCUCAACCUCAUGAUGUACACGCACAUGAGGACGGUGAUGGGCGAGGUGGCGGCGGCGCAGGGCAGGGAGACCACCUCGAUGGACACCUUCUUCGCCGGGGCGGUGGCGGGGGGCGCCGCGACGUUCCUGACGCACCCGCCGGAUGUGCUGCGGACGAGGGUGCAGCUGGGUCGACCGUCCGCGUCGUUCGUCAAGAUCGUGACCGAGGAGGGAGUGCGCGCGUUGUGGGUCGGAUCGUUCCCGAGGAUAUUGAGGAGGACGCUGCAGCAGGCGAUGACGUGGAGCCUGUACGAGCACGUGGCAAAGUUGUUGGGCGGGACCUCGCUGAGUCCCAAAGCCGACUGA